AUGAAAUUCCAAGUUGCUUUGACUUCUCUAUUGGCCGCUGCUGCCGUUGCCUCUCCAGUUGAGGACUUGUUCAAACACAAGGCUAAGAAGAGCUCCACUUCUAGUGUACACCCAUCUUCUACCACAAAGGGUAAGCCAACUUCUUCCGCACAUGCUAAGGCUUUGCCAUCCUCUUUGGCCUCUUUGUUGGCUAACACUACUGGUAACGCUUCUAACAUGACUAACAGCACUGUUGCCCCACAAAAGCAACAAUUGCAAGUCAUCUACACCGGUGGCCAAGUCGCUAUCCCAUCCACCAACGCUACUAACACUACUGCGUUCUCUACAAACUCUACAGCUUUGUUCAACACCACUUCCGCUUUGAACAUCACCGAACUAUACUCCGUCGCUGCCACCAUCAACCAAACUUUGGCCGACAACUCCACCAAGGGUGCCGUCGUUGUUGCUAACGCUAAGUCCCUAGAAUCCCUAGGUUUCUUGACCUCCAUUGUCUUGGACUCCAAGAAGCCAAUUGUCAUCUCUGCUGACGAGAAGAUGGCCUUGGCUGUCGCUAACGAAACUGCCGCCUGGAACCGUGGUCCAUUGGUCGUUUCCAAGGAAGGUCUAGUCUACGCUGGUAUCUUCACCCCAUCUUCUGCCAACGCUGUCGGCCUACCAGUCGCUGUCAUCGAUGAUGCCAAGAAGGUCCAAUGGUUCUUCUCCCCAGCUCCACCAGCUUUGAUCAACAGCAACAGCACCAUCAGAGUUAACUACACUAACUUCACCAACACCGACAUCGAAUUCGCUGCUACCCCAUUGGUCCCAAUUGUCUACGAUGGUGGUUACUCCAGCUCUUUGAUCUCCUCCUUGGCCUCUACCGUCCAAGGUUUGGUCGUUGUCUCCUCCGGUAGCUCCAACUCUACCACUUCUACCAUCGAGUCCGCUCAAAUCCCAGUCGUCUACGCUAACUCUGGUGCUCCAUUGACCCCAGUUUCUUCCAAGGACGUCCCACAAAACGCUCUAUCUGCCGGUUACUUGACCCCAGUUAAGGCUCAAUUGCUAUUGUCCAUUGCUGCCAUCAACGGUGUCAACUCCGAUGAAGCUUUGAUGUCCAUCUUCCCAAACUAA